AUGAGCACUGUCAAUCAACAAACAAAGAGGAAGAAUGAGGAUAUAUUAGAAAAGGAAAACAAUGACACAAAACGCAUUCAUACUUUAGACUAUUUAGCAUCACCACCAGAAGACCAUGUCAUGGAAGAUACACCUUUAUCCCCUAUUAUGAGACCAACAACACCACCUUUGGGUAUGACUUUAUGCCAUUACAAUGCAAACACAGGCUCAUACACAUCAUCGCAAAUCAAUUCAAACCAUGAAGUCAAAAGUCAAAUAUGUACAGGAAUGACACCCGUUUAUCGAGCUCCAUUUGAACGAUGGGGUUCUUGUUUAAUAUAA